AUGCGCAGAAGACUAACAAAUAGACCCCGCUGGCUGACUCCGUCCUUAAAGAAGGAGGUUAACAAGAAGAGGAAGCUGUGGAAAAGAUCCCUGACUGACCGGACGCCAGAAUACCUAUGCAGUUAUAAGUCACAGAGAUAUCGGGUCAAAGUUCUCAUCGCUAGAGAUCGGAAAGCCUUUGAAGAGGAUCUUCUGAACCGUGCCAUGGUUAAUCCCAAAGUCCUCUACAGCUACAUAAGACAGAGCACGCGGCACAAAGACCCCAUCCCACUGCUGCGAACAGCCGAGGGAAUGGAAAUCUUCGAUGACAAGGAUAAGGCUGAACACCUCUCUCAGUUUUUCCGGUCCGUCGUGACAGGUGAACCUGAUUUUCUCUCCCCCAUUUGUGAAGACGAAGAGAAGCCUACCCUUAGAGCCGUAUUCUUCACCGAGGCAAUUGUUCGGAACGAGUUACUUAAUCUGAAAGAAUCGACCUCCCCAGGCCCUGAUGCAAUCCCCGCCAAGCUGCUGAAGGAGCUAGCUCCCGAAAUGUCCAAGCCUUUAGCCUUGAUCUUCCAAACAUCAUUUCUUACUGGAUGCCUGCCCUCUGACUGGAAGUCCGCUACCAUCACUCCGCUUUUUAAGAGCGGAAGUCGUGCGUCUGCGAAUAACUACAGGCCAGUGAGUCUUACCUCCAUCAGUUGCAAAAUCAUGGAGAAGAUCAUUAAGAAGGCCUUGAUGCAGUUCCUCUAG